AUGGACACGGCGAUGGAUGUAAACAAUAUCCAAUUCCUAACUGGAAUUUCGAAUGACAACGGCUUCUACAUAAGUGCUAUAAACACAGAUGGGCUUACUUUUUAUAUCAUGGUAAACAGAUAUAGGGGCUUGACUGAUGAUGUUUAUAACGAAAAUCAUAUCAACUUCGCUGAUUAUACAGCUACUAUCGAAGAAAUGUUGAGGAACACAAAGUGCAUCCAGCCGACUAAUAGUACGUAUUUCAUUAACAAUUGGAGGAUUAAAAUUCAAGGAAGCGUUGGCUCACCAAAAUACAUGGUGAAAUAUGUAACAGACGAAUACAUUGAGUCUCAAUUGAAGGGAUUAGGGGAAGGGAUCGAAAGAAAAUGAUUCAGAAUUAUGAGUUAAUAAAAUAUAUAUAAUAUAAAAACGGAAA